UGAGACACUAAGAUACUUUAUUUCUUUAGUCUCUGACACAAGAAUUUAAUACUGAGUAAACACGACAAUAAUUAUGAUAGAAUUCAUCAUAUCCAUCAUUAAAGAACUGUUUAACGCUUUUAUAGGGUGGCUGUGGAGUCAAAUUGAUGACAAUUCCAGUAAAGUAAAGGCUAAAUCUAAGCAAAGGUCAGGAAACCCACGACAUACAACUUAUUUUGAAAAUUUAACUCGAAGAAAUAACAGUUUUGAGACUAGAAGAAGGACAAUAAUUAAAAAGGCAAAGGAAAUAUAUAUAGCAACAAAAUGCGAGAUAAACGUGGAAAUAACAUACCAUGGGGAGCAAUAUUGUUACAACUCAAAUGAUUCUGAGGAUACAGAUACCUCAGAUGAAACUGAUAAUGAUUCUGAUUAUUCAGAUAACUAAUUAUAUCCUACACAAAUUUAAAGGAAUUGAAGAUUGUUGAAAAGAAAAGAAAAAGUAAUUAUAAAAAAAAAACGACGACAGCUUGUAACAGUUGUUUCAAAAUGAUUAUGCUCUGUCCAAACUAUUAUAUACAGUAUAUUUUAUUGGAACAUAUAUAUGACUAUGUUUUAUUCUUAAAAUCAAGAAGAAACAAAUGUGUAGUGAUAAUUUUAAGUUAUAAAGAAAAUUAGCCAUAGGAAAUCGAUAUUAUGUAUCCAACUUGAAGGUUUAGUACCAUAAUAAAU